AUGGCGAAGAAGAACGCCGAGAACGGCAUCUAUAGCGUGUCCCGCGACGAAAAGAAGGGCCCCCUGAUCGUGCUCGGGCCCGACGGCGCCCCGGCCAAGGGCGAUGGCCCCGCGGGCCUGGCGGUGCCGCCGCGCGAGACCUGGACGCGCCAGAUGGACUUCAUCAUGUCCUGCGUGGGCUUCGCCGUGGGCCUUGGCAACGUCUGGCGCUUCCCCUACCUGUGCUACAAGAACGGCGGAGGUGUGUUCCUUAUUCCCUAUGUCCUGAUCGCCUUGGUGGGAGGGAUCCCCAUUUUCUUCCUGGAGAUCUCACUGGGCCAGUUCAUGAAGGCUGGCAGCAUCAAUGUCUGGAACAUCUGCCCCCUAUUCAAAGGCCUGGGCUACGCCUCCAUGGUGAUCGUCUUUUACUGCAACACCUAUUACAUCAUGGUGCUGGCUUGGGGCUUCUAUUACCUGGUCAAGUCCUUCACCGCCACGCUACCCUGGGCCACGUGCGGCCACAGCUGGAACACUCCCGACUGUGUGGAGAUCUUCCGCCACGAAGACUGUGCCAAUGCCAGCCUAGCCAACCUCACAUGUGACCAGCUUGCUGACCGCCGGUCCCCCGUCAUCGAGUUCUGGGAGAACAAAGUCUUGCGGCUCUCUGGGGGGCUGGAGGUUCCAGGGGCUCUCAACUGGGAGGUGAUGCUGUGUCUGCUGGCCUGCUGGGUGCUGGUCUACUUCUGUGUCUGGAAGGGGGUCAAGUCUACAGGAAAGAUCGUGUACUUCACUGCUACAUUCCCCUACGUGGUCCUCGUGGUGCUGCUGGUGCGCGGUGUGCUGCUGCCUGGCGCCUUGGACGGCAUUGUGUACUAUCUCAAGCCUGACUGGUCAAAGCUGGGGUCCCCUCAGGUGUGGAUCGAUGCUGGCACCCAGAUUUUCUUCUCGUAUGCCAUUGGCCUGGGGGCCCUCACGGCCCUGGGCAGCUACAACCGCUUCAACAACAACUGCUAUAAAGACGCCAUCAUCCUCGCACUCAUCAACAGCGGGACCAGCUUCUUUGCUGGCUUCGUGGUCUUUUCCAUCCUGGGCUUCAUGGCGGCAGAGCAGGGGGUGCAUAUCUCCAAGGUGGCCGAGUCAGGGCCUGGCCUGGCCUUCAUCGCCUACCCCCGGGCUGUCACACUCAUGCCUGUGGCCCCACUCUGGGCUGCCCUCUUCUUCUUCAUGCUGCUGCUGCUCGGGCUCGACAGCCAGUUUGUAGGUGUGGAGGGCUUCAUCACCGGCCUUCUUGACCUCCUCCCGGCCUCCUACUACUUCCGCUUCCAAAGGGAGAUCUCCGUGGCCCUCUGCUGCGCCCUCUGCUUCAUCAUUGACCUCUCCAUGGUGACCGAUGGCGGGAUGUAUGUCUUCCAGCUGUUUGACUACUACUCGGCCAGCGGCACGACCCUGCUCUGGCAGGCCUUCUGGGAGUGUGUCGUGGUGGCCUGGGUGUACGGCGCCGACCGCUUCAUGGAUGACAUCGCUUGCAUGAUCGGGUACCGGCCAUGCCCCUGGAUGAAGUGGUGCUGGUCCUUCUUUACCCCACUGGUCUGCAUGGGCAUCUUCAUCUUCAACGUGGUGUACUACAAGCCACUGGUAUACAACAACACCUACGUGUACCCGUGGUGGGGCGAGGCCAUGGGCUGGGGCUUCGCGCUCUCCUCCAUGCUCUGCGUGCCCCUCCACCUCCUGGGCUGCCUCCUCAGUGCCAAGGGCACCAUGGCUGAGCGCUGGCAGCACCUGACCCAGCCUGUGUGGGGCCUCCACCACUUGGAGUACAGAGCUCAGGACUCGGAUGUCAGGGGCCUGACCACCCUGACCCCAGUGUCUGAGAGCAGCAAGGUCGUGGUGGUGGAGAGCGUCAUGUGACAACAGCCUCCGCAGAGCCCUGGCCUCGCCAGCUCACAUCACCAGCGCACCCUCUUGUAGCCAUAGCAGCCCCUGCUUUAGCCCCUGCCCGACCCCUCCAGGGGACCUGUCUUUCCCUGAUAGUUUUGGGGUCUGCCUGAGGAGGGAGGAGGGGAAGCACCACGAGUGCUAACUAAAAUCAUUUUUAAUAAAAUGCCAA